AUGGCCUGGCUGAUGAGCAUCACCUGCAUCCUGAUCAGCUGCUGCUGUCUGAUACAGGGCCGGGCCUCAGAGUACCAGCUGGAGUCGGAGACCCUGAGCCAAUGUGAGUUGCUAAGGGGCGUGGCUGUUGCCAGGCAACAAGGAGAGGUCCCUCACUGCACACACGGCGGCAGCUUCAGAUCUGUGCAGUGCAGUGGGCAGGGCUCGUGUUGGUGUGUCGAUGCUGAAGGUCAGGAGGUCGUCGGGACUCGAACCAGCAGCUCUGCCCCUCACUGUCUGUCGCCCUGCCAGCUGCAGGCGGUGCUGCGCUGCUCCCCUGCGGGACUCUUUGAGGAGGUGCAGUGUGACGCCAGCAGGGGGCAGUGCUGGUGUGUGGAUCAGGACGGCAUGGAGCUCUACGGGACCAGACAGGCCGGGACCCCCCAGCGCUGUCCCGGCAGCUGUGAGGUGAGGUCUCGGCGUCUCCUGCACUCCCCCCCGCUCCCCCCCAGCUCCCUGUCUCCCCCUCAGUGCGCCUCAGACGGCAGAUUCCUGCCCGUUCAGUGCAAACUCAUCAACACCUCAGACAGCUCCGAGCUGGACCUGCUGCUCACCUUCAGCAGGUUCCCAGAAGCCUUCGACACGUUCAGCAGCUUCAGGAAGAUUUUCCCCACAGUUUCCUCAUACUGCUUUUGUGCAGACAGCCGAGGCAGAGAGCUGGAGGACACAGGUGUGGAGCUGCUCCUUUCGGAGGUUUAUGACUCUGCGUUUUCCAGCCUCCGCUCCGGACGCUCCUUUUCUCAGAGCAACAUCUACAGGGUCCUGCAGAGGAGGGUGCUUGGGGUCCGCCUCGCGCUCACCGGACACUUCAGAUGCCCCUCCCCCUGUGAGACGGAGCGCAGGGCAGCGAUGGAAACCUCCAGUGUUUACCUCCCCUCCUGUGAGGGGGAAGGAGCCUUCUCCCCCAGGCAGUGUGGGGGGGGGCAGUGCUGGUGUUCGGACCCAGAGGGGAGGGAGAUUCCUGGGACCCGGCAGGGGGGACGAGACCCCCCCCUCUGCAGUCCUCCCCCCUCUGAUUGUCCCUCCCAGCGUCGUCUGGUUUUGUCCCGUCUCUUCUCCGGUCCGGUCCCCUCCCCCUUAACGAGACCUCCCCCCUCCUGCCUCCCCCUCCUGCAGCCCCUUGCCCCACUCCUGGUGGGAGGUGAGGACUCGGCCUCCCUCCUCUCUCUGAUGGGGGAAGUUCUGCAAGGCCUCUUCCCCUCGGUGGGGGAGGCUCUGACAGCUCUGUCCCGCUCCUCGCCCCCCCGCCUGCAGGAGAACCUGUUUGGGGGGAAGUUCCUGCAGAACAUCAGCGGGGGUUUGGGGGCGAGAGGAGCGGUUGGGGGGGAGGGUUUCCCCCCCCUGAAUCAGGGGAGGGUCCGGAGUGUCAGCAGAGCUCUGCAGGACCCCCGCUUCCUGUCUGCCCUGCAGGACACCCUGAGGAGCCAAUCAGAGGCCUCCCUGCAGCAGGUUCUGACUCCUCUGCUGCGCUCCUGCUCCGGGGACGGGGGGGCCCUCUUUGUCCCGCGCUGCACGUCCAGUGGGAGGUUCCAGGAGCUGCAGUGUGGGGGUGGGCAGUGCUGGUGUGUGGACGCUCGGGGUCGGGAGGUGGGGGGCUCGCGGACCAGCGGGGGCCGGCCUCGCUGUCCGACCCGCUGCGAGAGGGAGCGUGCGGCGGCGCUGGAGCUGAAGGCCAACAUGGCGGCCGGCACCGAGCCGCCGGUCCCGGCCUGCUCCGGAUCCGGAGACUUCCUGCCGCUGCAGUGCGGCGCCGAGCGGUGCUCCUGCGUAGACCUGGAGGGAAGGAGCACGGUAGCCGGGCCAGCAGGGGGCGCCGGCACCUGUCCAGAGAGAGCGGCCCCGGAGCAUCAGUCCUCUGCAGGUCGAUGCUCGCAGGCGCUGGAUGAUGUCACGGCAUUCAGACAGGAAGUGCAGAGCAUCAUCACUCUGUCUAACUCCUCCCACCUGCCUCUGGGUUACGGCUUCCUAUUGGCCGACGGCCUGCAGCUGACCGGGGAGGAGCUGCAGAUCAGCCAAUCAGAGGAGGAGCUGCUGAUCUCCGAGAGGCUGCUGAGCCGAUCCAACGCCGCUCUGCGAUUGGCUGCUUUCUCCACGCUGCAGAUGCUGAUGCCUCCUCACCGCCGCUCCUACCAGCCGUUCAGUCCACAGUGUGACUCUGACGGAGACUGGCUGCACACACAGUGUCACCACAGCACAGGUCAAUGUUGGUGUGUGGAUGAAGACGGAGAGUAUAUCUCUGACUCUCUGACCAGACGCUCACUCCACCUGCCCAAAUGUCUGACUCGCUGUCAGAGAGCACAGGCCAACUUUCUGCUCUCUGGCUGGAUGAAAGGAUCCUCUACUACAGUUUACCAACCAACCUGUGAGGAGGAUGGUGGUUUCUUGGUGCUGCAGACAGGAGGCGAUGCAGGCUGGUGUGUGAACCCUCGGACAGGAAAGACGCUACAGACGGCAACACAGAGCACCGCAGGACAACUGACAUGUCCCAGCUGGUGUGAGCUGCAGGGCUCUCAGUGUCACCCCGACGGAUCCUUCAUUCCGUUGCAGUGUGAUGUCACUUCCUGUUGGUGUGUCUCUGAGGAUGGACAGGAAGUGGGCGGGACCCGAACGCCUCGACAGACAGGGCGGACACCGUCAUGUGACCAUCCUCUCUGUCCCACCGACUCCAUUUCCCAUGGUGCACUGCUGUGCCACACGGCAGCUGAGGGUCGGCAGAGUUGUGACCUCGUCUGUCACCGUGGUUACCAGAACUCACUUCCUGUCAGCAGCUACCUGUGCGACACCGAGGGUCUGAGAUGGACCGGAGACCACCCGCUGAGCGGAGCCUGUCAAAUCCCUCAGCCUCUCUUCUCAGCCUCCUCCUCUCAGCUCUGGCUCUUGUCGUCGCCCUGCUCUCAGAUCAGCCGUCUAAACCCCUUGCUGUUCACCAUGAUCACCAGUAGGGGGCUCUGCUCUGCACAGCUCCCGGUGUCCGGCCGCUCGGUGUCUCUGUGUGACGACUCCUCGGUGCGUCUGCAGUGUGUUGGAGGCGACAGCGUGAAGUUAACCUUCAGAUGGAGCUCCGCCCUCUCUGACCUCCCCGACCUGCAGCACGCCGGCCUGUUUCUGAACGAGUCCAGGCUCCUGGAGGGCGUUCAGGGGCUUCUGGGUAAUAUCCGGUCCAUGUUUACAUCAGAACCAAAACUGGUUUCCAUGACAACACCAAGCUUCGGUUGUUCCCACGGAUACCGCCUGACCAAUGACGGCGAAGGCUGCGUCCUUUGUCCUGCUGGGAGUUUCUCCAGUGAGGGGGCGUGUCUUCAGUGUCCUCAGGGAACCUAUCAGGAUGAAGAGGGGCAGGACUUCUGCAACAAAUGUCCCAGAGGCUCCUCCCCCUCUGGAGCGUCAUCUAUCAGCCAAUGUGUAACUGAGUGUCAGAGGCGGGGCCUGCGGUGUUCAGAUCGAGGUGACUUCCUGUCUGCGCAGCCUGACUUCCUGUCGGGCAGGUGGAGGUGUGUCAACAGCGAGGGGGUGGAGCUUCAGUGGACCAAUAGGGAGGAUCCUCUGACUGAAGACCAGUGCUCAGUUCUCCUCAUGUUUCAGGCUGUUUCUGGAUCAGAUCUGAUAGUUGGAGCUGAAGACUCUGAAGUCCUCAAAACAAUGAGCUCUGAGCUCACAUCCUGCGUGCAAGCUUGUGCAGCGGAGCCGACCUGCCACCAUGUGGCGCUGUUCAACAGACAGACUCAGUGUGAACUGUACAGCACACACACUCUGAACACACACUGCAACACCUCUGCACAGACCCAGGGGUUUCUGGGUAAUCCUGAGGCGGAGCUCUUUGAUUGGCUGAGCUGUUCCCUGAAAGUGAGAGGCGGGGCUUCAGACCUGCUGGUCGUCAGGAAGAAAGGUACUGAACUGUAUGAGCAGGUGAGGAUGAGGAAGGCUGUCUCAGGUGUGUUCAGGACUCAGGUGUUCAGGCGGGCCUCUCUCUCUGACGCGCGGCGCUUCUGCUCCGACGGCUGCAGCCGCGACGCCUGCUGCCACGGAUUCAUCCUCAACCACAACACCCUGCAGGGGGGCUCCCUGCUCUGUGGUUGGCUGAAGUCCCCGUCGGUGUUGAUGUGCGGGGACGAAGACUGGGACGUGAUUGGACAGGCAGCAGCCAAUCGUGAGUGUGGGGCGGGGCUUACCUACAACGAGCAGCAGAGGAGCUUCCUGUUCGACUUCGGAGGACAGCAGUUCGACAUCACUGACUCCGCUCUGCCUGCCGACAGUAAGAACAAGACGGACUACAAGGCGUCCAUCGUCCGCUUCCAGGCCGUCUACCUCAACACCGCUGGUUCUUCUUCCUGUGCAGCAGCAGAACACACACCUCCUCUGGACGCUUCAGUGCAGCAGAGGUUUGUCUCGGUGUCGGAGGAGGAUGUCCUCGUUGACCCUGAGAGGAAACCCCCCUCGCUCUCCUUCUGGCUCAACAAGAGGAACUACGACUCCCAGCAGGCACUGCUCUGGUGCCUCUCACGCUGUGACGCGGAGCCGCUCUGCUCCCUCUCUGACCUCAGAGACUCUGCAGGGUUCUUCCUCUGCUCCCUGCUCUCUGACAGCAGGGUGUGUGGAGCCUAUGAUAACCCCCUGAGAGCAGCGUGCCGCCCCCUGCUGGACAGAGCACCCAACAACACCUACAGCAAGAAGGUGGAUCUCUCUGGUCCUGUGAGGAGUUUCUAUGAGAGAGUUUCCUUCCAGAAGAUGGUUUCUUACUCUGUACGCAGCCGAGUCACACUGAGAGAAAACACACCGCUGUCUGAGGGGUUCAGGGAGUGUGAACGGCGUUGUGAUGAGGAUCCUUGUUGCCGUGGCCUCGGCUUUGUGCGGGACACCAAAUCUGCAGGAGUUUCAGUGGUGUGUCUCUCUCUGAUCAGUCUCGGGGUUCAGACCUGUGGUGAAGAUGACUCUACGUCCUGGAGGACUCAGGACUGCAGACCCUCCGACAUCAGGACCAGACCCGAGCCGCUGGGCUGGUACCAGAAACCUGUGAACCAGUGGACCUCCUCUCCGGCUCUCUGUCCUCCAUUCAGCCUGCCAGCUACCAGAGACAAGGUGUCCCUGGAUCAGUGGCACCUCCUCUCUGGCUCCUCCCUCCUCGUUGACUCCUCCCUCUCCACUCAUGACAUCAUCCACCUGAGCCGGGACAUCGCCGCCGCAGACCGGGACGCGACCAGGGAUUGGUGUCUCCAUGCCUGUCAGGAGGCGGAGUCUUGCUUGGCCGUGGCCCUCAGUGAGGUGGGGGGGGCGACCCGCUGCGUCCUCUACCCCGACACCUCCAUCUGUGGACUAAGCUCCGCCCCCGACGCACCCAGCCCCACCUCUUCCUGCAGACUGGUGAUCAGAGAGCCAGCCUCCCAGGUGUACCUGAAGACAGAGCGGUUGCCGUUGGUCACGUCCAUUUCCAUCCCGGGUCAUGGGACCCUGCGUGGCGUGGCUGUGGAAACCUCCGUGGGCUCUGAUAGGAUGACGGUGGUUCAGUUCCUGGGUGUUCCCUACGCACGUCCACCUAUAGGAUCUCUGCGCUUUGAAGCAGCACAGGUGGCUGAUUGGACUGGAACCUGGAACGCCACCGAGCCCCGUGCCAGCUGUAUUCAGCCCGGGGAUGAAGAGUCUUCCUCCUCCAGUGAGGACUGCCUCUAUCUCAACGUCUACAGUCCUGCUGCCCGGAGGGGACGUCUCCCAGUUCUGGUUUUCUUUUUCAACCCUCCGGCAAAUCAGAAGCCAGGAUUGUUGGACGGCUCUGCCCUCGCUGCGUUUGGGAACAUCGUCGUGGUGACGGCCGCAUACAGGACGGCCGCUCUGGGCUUCCUGAGCACGGGUGAGUCCGGUCUCCGCGGUAACUACGGGCUGUCAGACCAGGAGGCGGGGCUUCGCUGGGUUCACGCCCACAUCUCUGAGAUGGGGGGGGACAGCAGCAGGGUGACGGUGGGGGGGGAGAGGAGGGGGGCCGACAUCACCAGCCUCCACCUGCUCUCCUCUUCUUCUACUCCUCUAUUCCAGCGCAUGAUGCUGAUGGGCGGCUCUGUGUUCUCCCCCUCCCUCCUGCAGCCCCCCUCCUCCUCCCAGCAGCAGGCGGUGGCCCUGGCCCUGGAGCUCGGCUGCCUGACCUCUGACCUCUCUGACAACGACAAGUUAGCCGCCUGCCUCCGAGCGGCGCCAGUGCACCGCCUGAACGCCGCGCAGACAAAGCUGCUCUCGGUCAGCGGUCCUUUCCUCUCCUGGUCUCCGGUCUCUGUCUCGGGAUCGUCUCUCCUCAGAGUGGACCUUCUGCUGGGAACGUCAGCGGAGGAUGGGCUGAUCAGCCGGGCGCGCAGGAUCAAGGACUUUGAGUCGCUGCGCGGCCGGGCUGAUGGGCGCUCGCUGUUUUACGAGGCUCUGAGCCGCUCUCUGGGUGGUCCGACAGGAAGUGAGAUCCUGAAGGAGGCGGCGUCCUGGUUCUAUUCUCUGAACCACGACGAGGCCUCCGGGUACAACCUGUUCUCCAGAGCGCUCAACAACGCCACCAGGGAUCUGUUCAUCAUCUGCCCCGCGCUGCAGAUGGCUAACCUCUGGGCUAACAGCAAAGCUAACGUCUUUCUGUACCACCAGCCAGCCUCCAGCAGCAGGGCGGACGUCUCCGUUCCUCUGGACGUGCAGCUGGUGUUCGGGACGCCUAAUCAGCCAAUCAGCUCGCAGCGUUUCACGUCGUCAGAGCGGCGCCUGUCGGUGGCCGCCAUGAGCUACGUCUCCAGCUUCGUCCGGACCGGGAACCCGAACCCCUCCCCUUUGUGGGCGGAGUCAGUGCUGCCCAGGUGGAAGCAGGUGUCUGAAGCCCCGCCCACUUACCUGCAGCUUAGCCCCGCCCUCCUUCAGCAGCGAGGCCUCAGUCAGAAUGCCUGCUCCUUCUGGGGGGGGCUGGGAGCCCGGCUUCUCGGUGCGACGGGGGCGGAGCCUUUAUCAAUCUCCGGGAUCCCAUUGGCCGCACCGCCCAGCCAACCACAGAGCGAGAAAGAGGCCUACAGCUAGACGAUGACAUCAGUCACGUUGAUCUCAAAUUGCUGUGUUCAUUAAUUCAUUAAUUCAUCAUUAAAUCAUUUCAAAGAC